AUGGCCGAGAGGAUUUUAGAGGCGAUGAUGCUCGUCGCCGUUUUGAUAGUUUUGAGUGUCCAUCAGGCUAGUUCUGAUGAAACAGACCACCGGUACAGAGUAGGAGACCCGGUCCCUCUCUAUGCUAACAAAGUUGGACCCUAUCGCAAUCCUAGCGAAACCUAUGGCUAUUUUGAUCUUGGAUAUUGCAUGCCAGAUAAUGUGAAAAGGAAAAAGCUGUCUUUAGUUGAAGUACUGAAUGGGGAUCGUUUGGUCAGUGCACCGUACCAGCUUGAAUUCCUACGCGAAAAACAUUCUGAAUCUGUCUGCAAGAAGAAGUUGUCAAAGGAAGAGGUGGCGAGGUUUCGAGCUGCUGUUAGUGAGGACUAUUAUUUUCAAAUGUAUUUUGAUGACUUACCCAUUUGGGCAUUCUUAGGGAGCUUUGAAAAGGAAAGGAUAGAUAGCAAGCAUAGAUAUUACCUUUUCAAACAUAUUCAAUUUGAUAUUUUUUACAAUGAGGAUCGUGUGAUUGAGAUUAAUGCUAUGACGCAUUUAAAUGAAGUGGUGGAUCUUCCUGAGGACAAAGAGGUUGAUGUGGAGUUUCUAUGUACAGUGAAGUGGAAGAAGACAAAUACCCUUUUGAGAAGAGGAUGGAUAAGUACUCUCAGUUAG